CAUGUUUCCCUCAUCAGAAAAUAUGGGACAAGACUAUAGAAGGGGGUUGGUGCCUAGACACUUUCUACCGGUAUCCUUAACUUGAUAUCUGACUUCAUAAUCCUUCUUGCUCCUCAAUGUGUUUUUUGGAAUUUGAAAAUGCCACCGAGGAGAAAAUUGGCUGUUUCUCUUACAUUUGCGACGGGUAUAUUUUGUGUUGUAUCUGCUGGCUUUCGAAUUACCAGCUCUGCGACUUACCUUAACUCGUUCGAUAUAGUCUAUGAUGGAUCAGCAAUGUUUCUAUGGGCUGAGGGCGAAAUGACCCUCAUGUUCUUUGUUGUCUGCCUCCCUUCGAUGCCUAAAGCAACUAGUGGCGUAAAAUCGAUGGAUAUGUGUUGGAUUUCCAGACCAUGGGCUUCAUCUUCAGCAGAUACCAAAGGAACAGGGAAAAGUAAUUCGUGACCUCGUUCGAGCAGCACUUCACGAAAUACUAGAUCCAACAGGAAAGUAGACGAGCAUCGCCUUGGUCCACUGAGUAGCUCCCAGGAGGCACCAGUCCCCCAUCGUGCCCCUACAACUGAAAAUGCGGAUUGGUCCACCGGUAUCGUACGUACCACUGAAUUCGCUACGAUGGAAGAACAGUUAUUAUAUCCCUUAGAAUAACACAAUUAUCAUCAGACUUGGGUGUGAGGCCUUUCGGGUCGCGGGUAGGCUGUAUUAAAAAACAAGCUUUCCCUUUUAUCUAAAGUGCACGACAACGAGGACUCUAACGCAUUAUAAUUACACGAGGCAACCAAAUAGAAUAUUGUUAAACAUUUUUAUUAUUAUUACACGCGUGUUGAAACUACGAUAUCACUAUUUGAAUUAGGUACCUACCUGGUAUGCGAGUGUCCCUUUUAACAAAUAC